UUUAUACUCUCCCAAAACCCUAAUUGGACGCGAGUGUCAUAACCAGAAGAAGUGCAAGAGAAGCCUCCAGGAAAGAAGAUGGUGAAGUUCUUGAAGGCGAACAAGGCAGUGGUCCUCCUGCAGGGGCGAUUCGCCGGGCACAAGGCGGUGAUCGUCCGGCAGUUCGACGAGGGGAACCGCGAGCGCCCCUAUGGGCACUGCCUGGUUGCGGGGCUGGCCAAGUACCCGAAGAAGGUGAUCCGGAAGGACUCGGCGAAGAAGACGGCGAAGAAGUCGCGCGUGAAGGCGUUCAUAAAGGUGGUAAACUACAGCCACAUAAUGCCGACGAGAUACUCUCUGGACGUGGAUCUCAAGGAUGUGGUCACCGCCGAUGUGCUUCAGUCAAGGGACAAGAAGGUGACCGCCGCCAAGGAGACCAAGGCCAGGUUCGAGGACAGGUUCAAGGCUGGGAAGAACAGGUGGUUCUUUUCCAAGCUCAGGUUUUAAUAUCCCAUUUUCUCUUUUUGCUUUUUGCUGAUGAUAAUUGGAGAUAUUCUCUGGAAGUCGCUUUUUUGUUUCUGGAAAUAUGAGUAUUAAGAUAAAAGGUGAUUCAAUUUUCUA